UUAUAAAUGGUGACCUAACCUACGCGUGUGCCAACUGGCAUAAGUAUAACAGGAGAGACUGCAAUGUAGUUGCAGUUGUACUUUGAGUGUAGUUUGAUUUGAUCUUCCACAUUCUAACUGCAAACUAUCAACACUAUCUGUCAGUGUAAUAAAUAUUAGGUAUCAUCCAUUAACAUGCAUUGCAAGCAGAGAAGAAUGUUUAAAUUCUGACCGCAGGCUACAUUGAUGAAAGAUAUUAUAUUAAGUUCAAGUCAUCCAAAGGAACUCUUGCUGCAGAAACAUGCUGAUUUCAUUUCUUCCUAUGGUGUUAACAAGGAUGAAUAUGAAUACUGUAUGACAGAGUACCUGCGGAUGUCGGGCGUUUACUGGGGUCUCACUGCUAUGGAGCUUAUUGGAAAUUUGGAGAGAAUAAACAAACAGGAGAUUCUUGAAUUCAUAAAGCUGUGUCAAGAUGACGCUGGAGGGAUAGGUGCCAGCGUCGGUCAUGAUCCUCAUCUGCUCUAUACCCUGAGUGCAGUACAGAUCCUAAGCAUGUAUGAUGCUUUGGAUAUUGUAAAUGUGGAUCGUUUGGUGCAGUAUGUCAAAAGUCUGCAGCAGCCAGAUGGAAGUUUCUGCGGCGACAAAUGGGGCGAGGUGGAUACACGCUUUUCAUUCUGCGCUGUUGCUUGCCUUUCAUUACUGGGAAAACUAGAAGAAAUAGAUGUUGAAAAGGCUGUGGAAUUUGUAGUAUCAUGUAUGAAUUUUGAUGGUGGUUUCGGAUCACGGCCCGGAUCGGAAUCUCACGCCGGGCUCAUCUAUUGUUGCCUCGGGAUGCUUUCUAUUACAGGACAUUUGCAUUAUGUAGACGCUGAUCUACUAGGAUGGUGGCUAUGCGAGCGUCAGUUACCUUCGGGCGGUCUGAACGGUAGACCGGAGAAACUUCCUGACGUGUGUUACUCUUGGUGGGUGUUGGCAUCUUUGCGUAUACUAGGACGCUUGCACUGGAUUCGUCGUGAAUCUCUAGUUACUUUCGUGCUAGCGUGCCAGGAUCCUGAAACGGGCGGCUUCAGCGACCGUCCGGGCGAUUUGCCCGAUCCAUUCCACACGAUUUUUGGAUUGGCCGCGUUGUCUUUGCUCGGGGAACCGGCUAUUAAGCCCGUUAAUCCUACUUACUGUAUGCCUCAACAUGUAGUUGACAGACUUGGUCUCAGGCCUCAGAAACUGACUCUGUGAAGAGUUCCAUUAAUUUCUAUCGUUAAUGUACUGAAUAAAUUUGUGUCCUUCA